GUUGCUGCAUUCAUUUGAGUGUUACAGAAGCAGGGAAAGACCUUGUGUCAUAAAAACAACACCAAAUAAUCUUUACGACUGAAAAUGUACUCAAAUCACAAUCUUAGAGACUCUCUAGAGGUUUCUUAUUUUCUGACUAACUUUAGCCUCUGAAGCCUGGAAACCUGUCUAGAGAGUUGCUAAGUGAAACAAUACAAUACACCCCCUGACCCAGUUUCAGCUUGUUAGUUUCACUUGAAUCGAAAUGUGAAUGAGGGUUAUUAGGGUCACCUGAGACACACAGUCUGCUGCUGUGUGAGUGAAGAGAGCUCAGGACAUCAUUGUAGGAUUCUGAUAGUUGGUGUUCAGCCCCCUUCUUUGCUGAAUUAUGUUUCUUCAGGUUCACCUAGGUGGCUUAUAUCACUCCUCAUUCAAACCAUCUUUCUCCCCUGGCCAGAAUGCAAACGUUCUCAUCAUCAAAAGAGUGUUCUUUGUCCUUCAGAUGUAAGUGGACAGCUGAGUCCUGUCCAGAUGUGCUGAUUCUUCUGUGCUGUGCUGCAUUUAUGCAGUGGUUAUUUUUAGUUUCUUUAAUGUGAAGUUCAGUACAUUCCUCAUUAUAUUGCUCUGCAUAAACCAAUUUUCUGUUUUUGCCUUGAGUUUUGUCAUUUGGAAUGUUGCAGAGUUAGAAGUUUACAAGGCUGCAAUGAUCACCAGUUUUACUAUUGACUGUACACUGGGGAUUCUAUUCCUUGCAUCUAUGGACUUCCCAAAGUAUGCAAUGUGCAGCCCCACAUCAGCAGUACAAGCUCAGUCACAUGUGUCUUUGUAAAACAUUUAGCCAUAAUUUUAACACCACCUUUGGCAACAGACAGACAGACAGACAGACAGACAGACGACUUUAUUAAUCCCUUUGGGAGGUUCCCUCUGGGAAAUUAACAGCUCCAGCAUCCACACACAGCACUGUUAAAAAUAGAGAAUAGAAUAAAAUAAGAUAAGAACACACAACACCAAAGCUAUUGUAAACAAAGUCAAGCAUUCCCAGCCACAGAAGCAGUAAAUACUGUGCUCCCUGCUUGACCUCUGCCUGACCACCAUCUACUUUCAAGAUAAUGAUGGAUCCUACAGGCAGAAACAGGGGGGCCAACCUUUUCAUGGAAAUGGUGUAAAGCAGAGCCUUGGCUCCUUUCAAAAGAACUGCACCUAGCCACUGGUUCAGAUAUGUGGACAACACCUGGAUCACGAUCAGAACAUAUGAGCUGGAAUCUUUUACAAAACACAUUAACCCUAACAAGCUCCUGGUGACAUUAUCUCACAUUUUUUUUAUUGUUAAGCCAUUUUGGCUGUGUUGAAGUAUAGCUCAAAUUUACAAGAGGAUAUCCAUUUUUGGUAAACUGUCAUCUCAGUUUCUUAAAUUAGGCUAAGUUAUGCAAGAACUUACAAAUUUGUUCCUAGUGGCAGAAAACACCACCUUCCCGAAAAACAGAUGUAAAAACAUUACAUAUUUAUAUUUUUAAACGACUCAAUAUUUUAAAGCUACUUCAUCCUGAAAUAUACUUAUCAAAUAUUAAUAAUAUUUUUUAAUUUUUUAUCCCUUUAAAGGCCAGUUUGUUUUGACAACUCCAUUGUUUUUCUAAAUCUAAAAAACAAACAAAUUAAAAAAAUACUAUAAUUUUCAUAAAAUACAGUUUAAGGAGUAUUUGGUUAUUAUCAUUAUCAGGCCCUAAAAUUGGCCAUUGAUUGGCAGCAACAUUGAUUUUGAUGCAUUGCUAGUUUUUUAGUGUCAGAUAAAAAAAACAAAAAACUGAUCUAAUUUGUUGCUAGGGACAACAAAUGUCCAAAUGAAAAACAUUGAAAAUAUUAUGUUUGAUCCCACAUUUAUCUUUAAAUAAAGUUAAAUUCAAUUUGUAAUAUUUUUUUAAUCCCCUUAGGGAAAUUAUUUCUCUGCCUUUGACCCAUUCUAGAAUUAGGAGCAGUGGGCUGCCAAACUGGGAACCCCCUGGGGAGCAAUGGGGGUUGGGUACCUUGCUCCAGGGUACCCCAGCCCUUUUGGCCUGGUGGGGACUUGAGCCGCCGACUCUCUGGUUACAAGCCAAGUUCCCUUUCCACUUGGCCAUGGGCUGCCCGAAAGGAAGGAAAGACACAAACUGGGGAUAGAAAGAACAAGGUUAAUUAAAGCUGCAAGCAGCGUUGUACGGGACCUGGCAGCCGCCGCCCCCGCCAGCAGGCUGGGUAAGCCCUGGACCCUGUGCUCUGGCCUGGUCACUUUUGAACACAUUUGAAAUUUAGUGCAGAUUGGUCAACGUAUGGCAAUGUUACAGGUCACUUCCUGUCUGGGAAGUCUGUGUUCCUGUGUGCAAGUCAUACUUUGCAGCUGUGUUCAGGGCGGGCUCUUGGUCUCACAUAUCAAGUUUCGGGCCGAUUGGUCAAUGUUUGGCGGAGUUAAAGGGCACUUCCUAUUUCGGCCGACCUACUUCCUGUGUGCAGGUCAUGUCUUGCAGAUGUGUUCAGGGCGGGCCCUGAAGAUCUACUUCCUGUGUGCAGGUGAUGUCUUGCAGAUGUGUUCAGGGCGGGCCCAUGGUCUCACAUAUCAAGUUUUGAGCCAAUCGGUAAAUAUGUGGGCAAGUUACAGGGCACUUCCUGUUGAGCGGCGAGACGCGUAAUUCAAAAUGGCUGACAUCGUGUUGGGGUCAAGUUUGCAUUCGUAGAUGUGUUCAGGGGCGGGCUUUUGUGUCACGUAGAAGUUUCGUGCGGAUAGGCCAUAGUAUGGCGAAGUUAUAGUGCACUUCCUGCUUCGCGGCAAGUCAUCGAAAUUUGCCAAAAUUCCGAUGGCUGCCGUGGCCACGCCCUUUUGAAUCUGCGAAGGUUUCUGAUAACUUUUGAUCUUGGAUGGGUCUAGAACAAUUUGACGCGUUUUUUGUGUUCCUAUGAUGAACGCCCUCAGACAAGUUCGUUCAGUUACGAAACUUGUAAAACACCAAGAUAGACGCCAAAUCCAAGAUGGCCGACGUCCCUAAUUAUAAUUCCUUGAAUUACAAUAGGUCCUCGCACACUGUGUGAAUGCUCGGUCCCUAAUAACAUAUAAAAAAUAAUAUUCAUACCCUGUGUGUUAGAGGGUGAGUGUGAGUGCACCACAGGAAAUUCCCCCAGCAGUCUAGUUCUAUAGCAGCAUAACUAAGAGAUGGUCCAGGUUUCCCUGAACCAGCUUUAACCAUAAGCUUUAUCAAAAAGGAAAGUUUUAAGUCUAACUUUAAAUACAGAGAGAGGCUCCGCCUCCCAAACUGUCAUUGGGAGCUGGUUCCACAGGAGAGGAGCCUGGUAACCGAAGGCUCUGCCUCCCAUUCUGCUCUUACAGACUCUGGGAACCACAAGUAAACCUGUAUUUUGUGACCUAAGUGGUCUGUUAGGGUGAUAAGGUAAGACUAGGUCUUUCAGGUAUGAAGGGUCCUGACCAUUAAGUGCUUUGUACGUGAGGAGGAGGAUUUUAAAUUUAAUUCUAAACUGUACAGGGAGCCAGUGUAGAGAAGCUAACACUGGAGUUAUAUGGUCUCUCUUUCUAGUUCCUGUCAGAACUCGUACUGCAGCAUUUUGAAUUAACUGAAGGGUUCUAACAGACUUGUUGGAACAUCCUGAUAAUAAGGAGUUACAGUAAUCUAAUCUAGAUGUAACAAAAGCAUGAACUAGUUUUUCAGUGUCCUGUAAGGACAGAAUGUUUCUAAUUUUCAUAAUGUUCCGCAGGUGGAAGAAGGCUGUUCUGGAAAAUGGUUUUAUUUGUGAAUCAAAUGACAUUUCCUGGUCAAAUAUAACUCCACGGUUCCUCACAGUAGAACUGGAAGCCAUGGUGAUGUCAUCUUAAGUGACAAUGUGAUCAGAAAGUUUUUCUCUGAGGUGUUUAGGGCCGAGUAUAAUGAGCUCAGUUUAAAAGUAGAAAGUUACAGGUCAUCCAGGACUUAAUGUCUCUGAGACAUUCCUGGAGUUGAACAACCUGAUUUAUUUCAUCCGGCCUCAUUGAUAAAUAUAGUUGUGUGUUAUCUGCAUGACAAUGAAAGUGUAUGUUGUGCUUUCUAAUAAUGUUCCCUAGAGGAAGCAUAUAUAAGGUAAAAAGUAUAGGCCCGAGCACUGAGCCUUGUGGAACUCCACAAUUAACUUUUGUUUGUAGUGAGGCUUUAUCAUUAACAUGAACAAACUGGAAUAUAUCAGAUAAGUAUGAUUUAAACCAGCAGAGGGCAGUACCUGUGAUCCCAAGAGUCUGCUCCAAUCUCUGCAGUAGAAUAUUAUGAUCAGUGGUGUCAAAUGCAGCACUAAGAUCUAACAGGACAAGUAAAGAGACUAGACCAUUAUCUGAGGCCAAGAGAAAGUCGUUACUAACUUUAACUAGUGCUGUUCCUGUGCUAUGGUUUAAUCUAAAACCUGACUGAAAAUCUUAAUGCACCAUUAAUGUGCACAUAUUCACAAAAUUGAUUAGCAACUGCCUUUUCUAAGAUUUUAGAAACAAAGGGAAGAUUAGAUAUAGGUCGGUAAUUAGCUAAAAUAUCUGGGUUGCUUUUUUGAGAAGGGGUUUAAUAACUGCUACUUUAAACGUUUGGGGCACAUAUCCAGUUAAUAAGGAUGGAUUAAUUUGAGUUAAUAUAGAGCUGUUAAUUAAAGGAAACACAUCUUUAAACAGUUUGGUGGGGAUGGGAUCUAAUUGACUGGUUGAUAGUUUGGAUGAUGAUACUAAUGAUGUUAACUCAGGGAGAUCUAUUGGGGAGAAACUGUCUAACUGUGCACUUGGUAAUUUUAAAGCUCUUGUGCUAAAAGAUGAAUCAGUCCCACUAUGAGGGAGGAGAUGAUCAAUUUUUUUUCUCUAAUUGAUGUUAUUUCAUUCACAAAAAAAGUUCAUAAAGUAGUAAUGCAUUUCUUUAUGUUAAGAUUUAAUAUUGGACAACUAGCAUUCAAUUUGAAAUGUUUAUAUCUGUCCACCAUGUGGCGCUACUUUUUCCCAUUCAAAGCAUGCAGCAAAGUUUCACUGUUUUUUGCACACAUUUCUUGCUACUGAAAUGAUAGUAGUGUUUGCCACUAUUGAUGUUGGAUAAUGGUGUGUGUGUGUGUGUGUGUGUGUGUUUGUGUCUUUUAUGUCCAACUCCAUUAGACUUUUUUCUUAGAAGGCUACACUGCGUUAUAAACUCGUUCAAGAAUAAAAACAAUAAGUAGCCUUUCAGCACCUCAAAGAUGCCUCAGCAGCAGGAACCAAAACAGAAUUUCACUUUGUUUUGAGUCUUGCCUAGUUAGUUCUACUAUACAGUUGCACUGCAGCCAUGGUUAUAAGUAGUGGUGCAACAGAUCAUCAUUGAUCCGUGAUCCGUUCGGAUCAAUAUCUUCGGUUCGGCACACACGUGAUCCGCGGAUUGAUUUAUUAAAAAAAAAAAAAGUUGUGCGCACGCACAGCGUGGUCAUGGCGAGCGGAGGAACGGAGGAGCUUGAACGCCCCGCGUCAUUUAAAUCCCCUGUAUGGGAGCAUUUUGGCUUCCCUUUCAAAUAUAAUGUCGAAGGAAAGAGGUUAGUGGAUAAAACCGUGACGGUGUGUAGGCACUGUGGCACAAGAAAGCCAUAUGACAGUGGAAACACAUCAAGCAUGGCCACGCAUUUGAAGCGACAUCACCCCGGUGUUUCACUGACAGGAGUGAAAACGAAGGCUGCUCAACAACCGCUUAUCACCGCGGCAUUUAAGCAGCCCCUUUGUUGCACAAUCAGACUGAGCUAAAGCCAUCACAAACGCUAUCAGUGUGUUUAUAGGUGCAGACAUGAGGCCAUAUUCGCUUGUGCAAAACGAGGGCUUUAAACACAUGCUGAAAGUGCUUGUGCCAGACUUUUUUUGCCGAUCGGAAAAUGAUCCGAUCCGUGACUCUGAUCCGCGGAACAAUCCGAUCCGUGAGUUUUUUGAUCCGUUGCACCCAUAGUUAUAAGGAUGAGCAGUAGUGUAGUGAGUAGUCAUUUUGGAGAUGGAAAGACUUUACACUACACAGGGGUCUUUGGAAAUUAGGACUUGGAGGCUGACUCAGAUGAGGCCUCAGAAGUAGAAACAGACCAGCUAUAGUCCAACUCCAACUCAUCUGAAGACUGAUCUGAAGAUAACAGUAUAGUGGAGGAGGAUGAUGCUUUUAUGAAGACACACACUGGUCUCUUACAUCCCCUGAGCAUACAAGAAUGUGCUUCUCCAGAAAUAAGCUUUGAAAGGAAGAGAAAGCCUAUCGUAAUCAUACAACAGAUGCAAAGGAGGUGUCAAUCAGGUAGGUGCCAUUACGCCUCAGUUAAAGGUAAACAGUCUGGCCUUCCUGUAUUGAGUGUACAUUGUAAGGUGUACAGUGGACAGUGGAGCAGACGGGAGCCUCAACAUUGAAGUAUUCAGGAAACCAACACUCAUCGACCAGUAUCUGUUGUUUGACCACUCACGGGAGCACAAACUCAGUGCACCACUGGUCCACCAACAUACACACAAGAAAGGAGGGAAAGGUAACAGAUAAACAUCAGGGAAGUACUUAAAACAUGUGUGUAUAUAUAUAUACCUAAACUGGGCCUUCAUCAAAAUCUCCAAGGACAUGAGACAAGAAUAAAAACAGUAAUAAACGCAACAACAUUGUUAUUCUGUAUGUUACUUGAGUCUCUGAAAAACCUGGAAGGAUUUAUUUAACAAACACUACAUCCCUGCAACACUUCAUGACAGAGGACAAAACCGAGAAAUGUGGUGUCUGUAGUGUAACGAGGAUUGGACUGAACUUUACAUUGGUGAAGCCAAAAAACCACUGCAUAAACACAUGAAAGAGUCAGCUCAUCUGGACAGAAGUCAACUUUAAACAGAUAGAUGGUUUGAAAGAGAAGUGAAAGAAGUCCACUCAACUCAACAGAGGAGGUGGACUGUGUGGGCUGUACACACAAAAACAAGUUCAAGAGAAUCCACUAUUUUAUUUAAUUUUUAAUUUUUAAAUAUCAUUUGCACAUUUUAUCCACACAAAAAUGUAAUUUUCGGAGCCCUAAAAGACAAUUUUUUUGGAAAAUAAGUCUCAAAACACCACCAUUGCGUUUUCAUAUCAAUACACUACUUUGGGAAAACAAUGAUGUCAUAAUCCCACCUAUCUCUUGCUCUCUGAAUAUAGCCUAUGUGGAAAUACCUUUAUGAGGUAUUACCUCAUACUUAAAAUAAACUUAUCUAUCCCUUUAAUGCACAAGUGUUUGAAUUAUGAUUUAUAUGUGAAACUCACUUUGAUAAGGAGUGGAUAUAAUAGUCACUGAUAAAAACUAUUAUUUCUAUAAAAAAUGUGCACUUGUUUUCCUCUGUUUCCAUAAUUUGCUCAUUGUGUUGACCAGAGAGCACUGUUUCCUUACCGUCAAUGCACUAGUCUGAGGGUCAAGAAAGCAUCCGACAAUCAUUAAACUCAAGAGAAAAACAUCUUAAUCUUAAAAUCACAUCAGUUUGAAGAAACAAUUUUUAAAGAGGCCAUAGCAUGGUCCUAUCUCACUUAUAUGUGAGUUAUGGAGGUCUACUUACAAACAUGAAGUUAUUUGUAUGGUCAAAAACCUCCUAGUCGCUGCAACGAGUCAAUCUAAAUGUCUCCUCACUGACGCUCUUAUCAGCUGUGCUGUUUCAGACCAAAACCACAUCCCCAGAACACGGACUGUAUUGUGAUUGGCCAGCCAACGACGGCUUUCCCACGGUCUUGUGAUUGGCAAAACCGCAAGCAUGUCAGAAACAGCCAUAGCAAUUAGCUGCAUGUAGCAGUAGCUUCGUCCCUUGUCGUUGCUCCUUACAUUUUGAUCCAGAAUCACAAGAAACAGAGACAACUGAUAACAUCGUCCACUGCCUUGGCUGCAGCAGGACAUUUCACAAAGGUGUUAUCACAGCUUUGUCUGCUGCUGCUGGAGGAUUUGGGUGGAAGUAUACAAGUCGUCAUCACGUCCUGUGUUUUCCGGAUACUCCAGGAGGUUUCCUGAUCCAACUGUUUAAUAUAUUGACACGGCGACCACUUCCUCCUGGGAUGAUAGGCUCUCUGGGAUGGGGCUCUUCUGCAAAAUGUUCUGGCUCCUUUAUGACCUCAAACCUCAAACACCAGCCUCAUCAUAUCAGCCACGUUGUCCUAUAAAAUAUUACAUUUAAAACAAAUAUUCAGUCACAAAAAAUUCAGUCACUUUAUUAUCUUUUUUUUUACAAAGAUUUCAAAAUCACAUUCUUUGUCAAUAAAUAUUUCUCAUCAUUUGUACACAUUUCAUUAUUUUGUGUUAAAACAAUUACUUUUAUUUGAUAUGAAACUGGUUGGACUGCAGCUGUCUGCUUGCAGCUUGUAUUAGCUUGUAAUUUUGACACAUGGUCACAAGUUACAACCUCUGUAAACAUGAAGAUGCAGAUCAAUGAGCCAGUUCUUCUUUUGGUUCUAAAGGUUAUGAUGCCACAUAAGUUAUUAUGUCAAAUACUGUUACAGUGAUUACUGUAACAGUACUGUAACAAUACUGUACAGUACUGUAACAAUACUGUAACAAACCAGAUGAGUCUGAAGCUUGAAAUUGAAGGUGUGAUGUUAAAUGUUAUUAGUGGCUAUGCCCCACAGGUGGGAUGUGAAUUAGAGGAGAAGGAAACAUUCUGGAGUGAGUUAGAUGAAGUGAUGCAGAAUAUCCCCAGAGGUGAGAGAGUGGUAAUUGGUGCAGACUACAAUGGACAUGUUGGUGCAGGAAAUAGAGGUGAUGAAGAAGUGAUGGGCAGGUUUGGUAUCAAGGACAGGAACACAGAGGGACAGAUGGUGGUAGACUUUGCAAAAAGGAUGGAAAUGGCUGUAGUGAUUACUUUUUUCCAGAAGAGGCAUGAGCAUAGGGUAACUUAUAAGAGUGGAGGUAGGAGCACAUAGGUAGACUACAUCUUGUAUAGACGAUGUAAUCUGAAGGAGAUCAGUGACUGCCAAGAAGUGGUGGGUGAGAGUGUAGUAAGUCAGCAUAGGAUGGUGGUUUGUAGGAUGAAUCUGGUGACAAGGAAGACGAAGAGGACAAAGGCAGAACAAAGGACAAAGUGGUGGAAGCUGAAAAGAGAAGACUGUUCUAUGGUUUUCAGGGAGGAGUUGAGAAGGAAUCUGGGUGGUCAGGGAGAGCUCCCAGAUGACUGGACAACUACAGCUAAUGUAAUCAGGGAGAUAGGUAGGAGAGUACUUGGUGUGUCGUCUGGAAGGAAAGUAGAUAAGGAGACUUGGUGGUGGAAUGGGGAAGUGCAGGAGUAUAUAAAGAGAAAGAGGUUAGCAAAGAAAAAGUAGGACACUGAAGAGAGCAGACAGGAGUACAGGGAGAUGCAGCACAAGGUAAAGGUAGAGGUGGCAAAGGUCAAACAAAGGGCAUAUGAUGACUUGUAUACUAGGUUGGAAAGUAAGGAGGGAGAGAAUGAUUUAUACAGGUUGGGAAAACAGAGAGAUCGAGAUGGGAAAGACGUCCAGCAGGUUCGGGUGAUUAAGGAUAGAGAGGGACAUGUGUUGACAGGUGCCACAGAAGUAAUAGGAAGAUGGAAAGAGUACUUUGAAGAGCUAAUGAAUAAAGAAAAUGAAAGAGAGCAAAGGGUAGAAGAGGUAACUACUAUGAACCAUGAAGUAGCAGAGAUUAGUAAAGAUAAAGUGAGGGGGGCAUUGAAGAGGAUGAAGAAUGGAAAGGCAGUUGGUCCUGAUGAUAUACCUGUGGAGGUAUGGAAGUGUCUAGGAGAGGAGGCAGUAGAGUUUCUGGUUAGACUAUUCAACAGGAUCUUAGAGAGUGAGUGGAUGCCUGAGGAAUGGAGAAGAAGUGUGAUGGUGCCCAUUUUUAAGAAUAAGGGAGAUGUUCAGAAUUGCAGUAACUAUAGAGGAAUAAAGUGGAUGAGCCAUACAAUGAAGUUAUGGGAAAGAGUUGUGGAAACUAGACUGAGAGCAGAAGUCAGCAUUUGUGAGCAACAGUAUGGUUUCAUGUCUAGAAAGAGUACUACAGAUGCAGUAUUUGCUUUAAGAAUGCUGGUAGAGAAAUACAGAGAAGUAUGUUAGACUGGUGCAGGACAUGUAUGCCAACUGUGAGGCAGCGGUGAGGUGUGCUGUAGGUGUGACAGAGAAGUUCAAGGUGGAGGUGGGACUACAUCAGGGUUCGGCUCUGAUUCCCUUCUUGUUUGCGGUGGUGAUGGACAGACUGACAGAUGAGGUUAUACAGGAAUCUCCAUGGACUAUGAUGUUUGCAGAUGACAUUGUGAUCUGUGGUGAGAGCAGAGACCAGGUGGAGGAAAAGCUCAAGAGGUGCAGAUAUGCUCUAGAAAGGAGAGGAAUGAAGGUUAGUCACAGCAAGACAGAAUAUAUGUGUGUGAAUGAGAGGAACCCAAGUGGAACCAUGAGGCUACAGGGAGUGGAGAUAAAGAAGGUGGAGGAUUUUAAGUAUUUAGGGUCAACAGUCCAGAGCAGUGGAGAUUGUGGAAAAGAGGUGAAGAAACGUGUUCAAGCUGGUUGGAAUGGGUGGAGAAAAGUGUCAGGGGUAAUGUGUGAUAAAAGAGUAUCAGCCAGAAGAAAUGGAAAGAUAUACAAGACAGUGGUGAGACCAGCGAUGAUGUAUGGUCUACAGACAGUGGCACUGAGGAAAAGACAGGAAGCAGAGCUGGAGGUAGCAGAGAUGAAGAUGUUGAGGUUCUCUUUGGGAGUAACGAAAAUGGAUAGGAUCAGGAAUGAGUCAAUCAGAAGAACAGCACAUGUUAGAUGUUUUGGAGAUAAGGUCAGAGAGCCCAGAAUGAGAUGGUUUGGUCAUGUACAGAGGAGGGAUAGUGAGUAUAUUGGUAGAAGGAUGCUGGGGUUGGAACUGCCAGGCAGGAGGUCCAGAGGAAGACCAAAGAGGAGGUUUAUGGAUGUAGUGAAAGAGGACAUGAAGUUAGUUUGUGUGAGAGAGGGGGAUACAGAGAACAGGGUUAGAUGGAGGAGGUUGAUUCGCUGUGGCGACCCCUGAAGUGAGCAGCCGAAAGGAAAAGAAGAAGACUGUUACAGUGAUUACUGUCUAUUUGUGCAUUCAAUGUGCACUUUAUAUAUUGUAUUGUAUUAGUACACACACACACAUAUACAUGUAUCUUUUUCUUGCUAUAUAUUAGCUCUUGUAUUGUAUAUGUAUACUUAUAAUGGUAUUGUUUUGCACAAUAAAAUGUGUGAUCAUGUAAUAUAACUGCUGCUGUAUUUAUAAUUAAUUAAUCAUUUGGUCCAUAAAAUAUGAGAAAACCUAAAAAAAAUGUUGAGCGGUGUUCGUCAAACCUGGAAAUGAUGAUGUUCUCAAACGUCUUGUUUUGUCCACAAACCAAAAUGAUUAACUUUUAAUGAAUUCUUUGUUAUCCAGAGCAAAGAAAUAAAGAAAAUACUCACAUUUAAGAAGCUUAAACAAUCUUGUUUUAAACAUGAAAAGAGCUUCAAACCGAUUAAUCGAUUAACAAAAAUGUCGAAUAAAUUAAUAAUCGAUUGAUUGUUUCAGCUCUAGACGUUAGUUUGUUAUUAACCAGGUGAGGUUUAUCCUAAAGUAAGAAAAACAACAUUAUUAUGGACCAUGUAAACUUCAAAAAAAAUUCUACAGUAAUUUCAAAGACAUGAAAAGUUAUGAUAAAUGUAUCCCAGCAACACACAUGAAGAAUAUGAUAAUUUUAAUAAUUAAUAGUUUACUGUAUUUUCAAUAACUCCAUUGUUUUGCUUAUGACAAUGUUUACAUGAAAAAGCAUAAAGGCAAUGAUAAUUACUUAAGAAACUAUACUAGACUCACUUUUGAUAAUGAACAUACUUCCCUCGUACUGAAGCUGUUAGCCUGCUAACAUUGUGCUGACAGGGAGCACACACACACACACACACACACACACAUACUUCCCUUUUAGUCCUGUAGCAGUUAGCUGUUAGUUGGCGUUAGCUCAUGCUACAGGAGAACAAACAUGCACACAUGUGUCUAAUUAAUUAACGUUUGAAAUACUUAUCUCUGUCAUCGUAGAUAGUUGACACUGCUCUUCUCUUUAGACUGAGUUUGGUGCUGAGUCCUUAAGAAGAUGUAUAGCAGCUUUUGAGGUGUCUAGUGCGGAUAAUAACAAUAAUAAUAACAAUAAUAAUAAUAAUAAUAAUAAUAACAAUGCAUUUAAUCUAAGUGUGCCUUUUAAAGCACUCAAGGUCACCUUAUAGUACAUGAUUAAAAGAGCAGAGAAAUACAAUAAAAAUAAAUAAAAUACAGGCAAUAAAAAUACAAUAUUCAAAGCUAAAAAAAAAUAAAGGUGUGUCUUGAGUCUGGAUUUAAAGAUGUAAAGGGAGUCAAUGUUGUGGAUGUCAUGUGGGAGAGAGUUUAGAGUUUAUUAAUGUUGGAGGGCAGCUGUUCACCAACAUUAAUAUUAUAUAUUAGAAGUAAAGUAAAACUUAAUGACUGGACUGAAUUGCAUCAUAUAUGAUAUUUUUGAAAGACACCUUGAGCGCUUGAUAGCAAAUGUCAACUAGGUUAAAAUCUUAGUCAAGAUCCUUCAAAGUUUCAGGCUUUGAAGGAUCAACAGCAUAUUUGUUUUUUUUUACCCCCAUCAUA